AUGGGCUCCUUGGGUCUUUUCAAGAAACACUGUCAUGUUGUUUGGGGCAUUGAUGUACAAUUUGAAGGAGGUGACAGAAUUACCAUCAAAACGCCGCCCGAAGAUUGUUCCAGCAAUGCCAUCCUUCUACAUUGGAUAUCAAUCAUCAAUGAUAUGCCCAAAACCAAAGCUCUGAAGAAGCAGCUGAUGAAAGCUACCAAAAUUAUAUUAUGGUAUAUAUGCUACGACAACGACCUUCCCAACACAAAAACCAAAAGUCAGUUAAUUGAUGAGAUUGUGGGUUGGCAUGAAGUAAUGGAGGAUUUUACCUUCCACCCCCAACUUGACAUUGAGGAAAUGAUGCUACAGGCCUCCAUGACUCCCCUUCCCUAG